UAGAUAGAUCUAAAAAAUGCAUAUGCGAAUCACAUAUACGCAUGGAGCCAUGGACCUCCUAAAAUUUCGAAAUCUAAAGUGAGGACGUAAUCCAAAAAUGGCAUAAUCAUUUUUCCCGACCCCUCGAACUUAUGAAAGUUCAGUCUCUAUCUGCUUCAUCCUCAACUACUCACAUUCAAGAGUUCCGGCUAUUCCAUACUCUAUCCUGUACGUAUCUCCUUACCGGCUCACUUCCAUCACUGAAUUUGAUUAUGCAGAACAAUAACAAUAUGCAUUAAUCCGUAAAACAGAAGCAGUUUGUCUCUGGGUGUGGUAUUGUUUAUUUAAAUCAUCCAAUAUAUUUGGAAUCUAUAUAUUGAUAUGUUCUACAGUCACUUCUUAGAUUCAAUUAAUUUUUGUGCUAUGAUUCUCGAAAUAAAUCCUCGUACGUGAUUUUUUACCCAGGAUUUCCUUCCCUAUCUGUUCUGCUAGGUGAUGACAAUUGAAACCUAUUCUGAUCUGAUAAAACUGACGAAGUAUAAUUUAGAGACCCGUUUUGGGAAUAUCCGAUUUUGAUUUGGAUGCAAGUGUUUACUUUACUUACUCUAUAGCUGAAAAUGGAUGUGUUGUUAUAUGCUAAGAACCCGGCUUAUAAGUAUAGUGGAGGAGCAUACCUAGCUUAUGCAAUUCUUCCACUGUUGAAGCUUAUCUGUUUGACAGUUAUUGGUAUAAUUCUCGCCCACCCAAAAACAAAAAUUGUCCCCAAAGCCACAUUCAAGCUUCUUGGCAAGCUUGUCUUUGCUCUAUUCCUCCCUUGCACCAUAUUCAUUCACCUUGGAGAGGCCAUCACUCUUAAGAACUUCUUGCUUUGGUGGUUCAUACCGGUGAAUGUGAUUUUAAGUGUCCUGGUUGGUAGUUUAUUGGGAUAUCUGGUGACAAAGAUAUGCAGGACGCCGCCCGAAUUCAAACGCUUCACCAUAAUCGCAACCGCGUACGGUAACUCUGGAAAUCUUUCCCUUGCAAUUGUUGGGUCAGUCUGUCAUACUGCAGAUAAUAUCUUCGGCCCGAACUGUCAAAGUAAUGGUGUGGCAUAUGUAUCGUUCUCCCAAUGGGUCUCGGUCCUUCUUGUGUACACUCUUGUUUAUCUAAUGAUGGAGCCACCAUUGGAUUAUUAUGAUGUUGUUGAGGAAGAAGGUGUUGAGAUUCAAGAGCAACAGUUGCCGCUGGCUAGUGAUCUUAGCAGACCGCUUCUUCUAGAAGCCGAAUGGCCCGGAAUGGGAGAAAACGAGACUGAACAUUGCAAGACCCCAUUCGUAGCAAAAAUCUUCUCAACUGUCUCCAACAUCUCACAGAGUUCGAUCCCGGAUCCUGAUAGUCCUACGCAACUCAGAUCAAUCGCGUGUUUGGCUGAGCCACGUGUGGUGAGGAAGAUGAGAAUCGUCGUGGAGCGGACCCCGAUCCAACGGGUCCUUCAGCCACCGAUGUUUGCCACGUUAUUUUCUUUUGUUGUCGGGAUGACACCACCACUCAAAUCUUUUGUUUAUGGUGAUGAUGCCCCUCUCUCGUUUCUAACAGACAGUUUGGAGAUAAUGGCACAAGCUAUGGUUCCUUCAGUCAUGCUUAUUCUUGGAGGAAUGCUAGCCGAAGGUCCUAAUGAGUCUAAGCUUGGGGUUCGGACCACGGUGGGUGUGAUUGUUGCCAGGCUUUUGGUGCUUCCUGUGUUGGGAAUCGGGGUGGUUACUUUGGCUGACAAGGCAGGAAUUUUGAUCCCAGAUGAUGAAAUGUACCGUUUUGUUCUCCUUUUGCAGUAUACAACGCCUACGGCGAUCUUGUUGGGAGCAGUGGCUCAUUUGAGAGGGUAUUCAGUCAGUGAAGCUUCUGCACUUCUCUUCUGGCAACAUCUGUUUGCUUUAUUAUCUCUUUCUAUAUACAUGAUUGUAUAUUUCAAGCUACUGCUUUCUUAAAAGUAAGCUUGGCAGUUAUACAACUUUAUUUUUAUACAAUAAUGUUGUUAUUCCUAGCAUCAAAUUUGCCAAUGGAAUGUUUGUAUUUUUAUAUUUAUUUUUUCCUUCCUGCUAUAAGGGAACUUGCUUGUAACAUUUGCCCCAUGAGGAUGAUAUCUAUCAGUUUGCGCUGUCAGUACAUGUAUAUUGAAUAAAAUGCAUAAUUAGUCAACUUGAGAUUGACAUAUGAUUUUGAUUAAAGAUUUCACGUUGCAGAUCUGAAGCAUAUGUUUCUCCAUUUCGGAAUGCUAAACAUUUAACAUUCUUUAUUACUCCUUCCCUCUCUCAAAACUUUGUAACUUUCC